AUUGCGCGAUUCGCACAUCGCGGCCCCAGGCCGCCAAAGUCGCACGGAACAGGCGUAGAAAAAGCCCUUCGAAACACGAAACAGACCCGACCCGAGCGGACAAAACACAAGCGCGAACCGCGCGGAAACAAGAACAGGACAGAACGAUAUGAACUCGCGCAGCGCCCGAUGGCGAUGGUCCGCUGAAGCUGAGCUGUGAGCCGCACGGAAUCGACGGAAGACCGAUCCGCUAAUCACAGCGCACGCCAUCAAUCAACGGCCCCCGGCAAGCCCUCCACUGCCGGAUCACAAAUCGUAUCGCCGAAAACCAUGCGGCACCUCGAACCCGGAAGCCCCACUGCGACUCGUGCGAGGUCGCAGGUCUCCUGAAGAUUGCCCUCCGCUCACACCGCCCUGGAAAGGAUCUUCUUUUCUCCUCUCUUCUCACGGUGGCUCGCGGCGAGCGAGUUCGUGACGUCGACCGAGCGUGUUCUUGCUGUCCCUUCCGGCAUCCGGCAACGUGCGGACCGACGCGUUCCUUCGGGCACCAUCAUUUGGCCUUCCCUCCUCCUUUCGUCGACGUCUAAUCUGAUCGACGGACGAUCGAUGGACGAGACAGCGGCACGGCUACAUGAAAGGACAUACCAGGACCAAAUGGCGCAUCAUUAAGCGCCUGUUUCUAUUCUUUACCACCCUCUCAGUUAUCCCGCUCACCGUGCUCUACCUAAUCACCUCCGAUCAUCUCUAUCGAUUCCGCCAGUACACGUACGGUGCCAUCAUCAGCAAUGGAUCAUCACGCCAGCAAUUGCAGCAAUUUCGGUCUCCGAUCCAUCCGCCGGACAACGUCUUCGGUGUGCACCAUCUCCGGCUGGCGCAGCAACAGCAGCACCGAGUGCACCCACACGAUAAACAGACCCGCGACCAGCUGUGGAAGAACGGUACAAUCGGCAAUCAGUACCGGUUCGACAUGGACUACAUGAAGCGCCGCAUGGAGCAUCGGGUCGAGCGACUGCAGAAGAAGUGCACCGAGUACCGAUUGAAUGAACCAAAGCACAACUACAAACCGAAAGCCUGGGAGUAUCUGAUACAGCAUGAGUACCACCUCGUGUGGUGCAACGUGUUUAAGGCCGCGUCCACGUCCUGGAUGUACAACUUCAACCUGAUGGCCGGCUACUCGCCACAUUUUUUGCGCAAAACCAAAGAUGUGCCACUGCAGCUGGCGCGCCAGAAGUAUCCGCGGCCCACGGUGGAAAAGCUACAGGAAGCCAUCAACGAGUCAAUAUCAUUCAUCAUCGUAAGGCAUCCGUUCGAAAGACUGGUCAGCGCGUACAAGGACAAGAUACAGUAUGCCCUUCCCAACUCGCACCAUCACAAGCUCGGCAACCGUAUCAUCCAGAAGUAUCGGAAAGCCAUUAACGGAAAGCCGGUGACACUUCUCAAGUAUCCGUUGUUUUCCGAGUUUGUCAAUUAUCUGCUGGACGAGAUCAAGCAUCCGCAUUUCGAGAUCGACAUGCACUGGGUACCGAUGACGCACUUCUGUACGCCUUGCUUCUUCCAUUACGAUGUGAUAGCCAAGUUUGAGACGCUCGAGGAGGACCAGAACUAUCUCAUAUCGAUCGCCCGGCUCGACAGCGUCAUCAAGCCACAGUGGAAGAAUGCCGGGAAGGGCGCCCACACCAACGAGGUGCUGCUCAAGUUCUUCGCCGAGCUGGACGGGGCGCAAGUACGCGGUCUGUACGACUACUAUCGCUUCGAUUUCGAGCUGUUUGGCUACAGUGCGAAGGAAUACUUUAAGGACUAGAGGAACAGCGGAAGGUCGUGUACCGACCGACAGGCAGGCAGGAAGGCAAGGGGCCACUGAUUGGUAGCAAAAUUUUUCACAAACGAAAUUAUUCCAAGCGUCCCUCCCUGCUGUUGUGUGAUGAUCUCUCAUCAGAAGCCGAAUGGUUCAUUACCUAGCGAUGAAUAGGGAAACCAUGAUUGCGUCAAAUUACUAGCGAUAGAGCGUUCUUGUCCCACUUCCGCACAGUAAAGGGCCAAGGGUCCGAAACAAAAAAGACACAACUGAAAGAACCCACAAAAGACACACGUAAACGCGUUGGCGACAAAGUAAACGAUGGUUUAUCAGCGAGCGUACAGCGAAAGACAUGAAACCCAGCGGAACAUACAGCACUAGGAUUUAACGUAAGGAGCAGAAAAUUAACAGAACAGGCAAAGAGCAAAUAUUUUAUACAUAUUCGAAAAGAUAAUCAAAAGCCCUCUAGAGUUACUUAGAAACGUCCAUUAGCGGUUAAGUGACGUUUAGCAGCGCGUAACAGAAAGCAUAUUUUCGGCGAAGAAUUGCUCCAAUUUUUCCAGUUCAAUUAACAUCGCUAUCAAUAGACGCGCGUGCGCCGCCAGCAGACAAUGAUGUAGAUUUUGUAGAAUAUUUAAAUAAUUCCAAAGGUCUACUAUACAACUCUCAUUCCCAAAAGAGAGAGUUUAAUUCAAUUUUAAACAAAGUAAAGGCUCCCCAACGGGUAGCAAAAGACAAGAGGCGAGGAUUAUGGAGCUAACGCUACUAAGUGAAUUGCGCGGUAAGAAAAGGAAAAGUUUUGAAGAGCAAGAGGCUUAUGGAUCAAGUGAAACGUGAUUGAACUAGUUUGUAAGCUAGAUAGCGUGCUCGUUUGGUAGACACUCUAGCCUUUAAAUGAAGUUGUUCAUAAGUUCCCCCGUAACCGCUUGUAAACGGAGUUACCAUACAGUGUUUUGUUUGUCAAACAAUUUAAUUUCCCCCCUCGCUUAAUCACUAGUCAAUUUUCGAUAUACCUUUUACUUGUAACGGAACACAACCGUAUCGUUAUUGUCUUCACAACCGUAGCACGAACCGACUUCUACCAAAGCUUUCCUAUCUUUCGAAUAUUAUACGGAAUAAUACAAAUUUGAACACCAAAUUGUUCGCGGAACAAUCGUGGAGUUUGCAACAACUCCGUCGAGGUCAAAGAAGUUUUCAAAACCAUUUGACGACAACAGAGAAUUUAAUGUCUAAAAGCUCCUCCAAAUCAUACUUACCGUUGCACUAGGACGCAGAGUUAUCGCUCCACUUCUGUAGCAACGUAACCAAAGGCAGAUGGCAAUAAUAAAAUAAA